ACCAGUUCUCUCUCUCUCUCUCUUUCGUAAAAAUAUAAGGAGAAAAAAAAGUAGGAAAAAAGUAAAUGUGAGUUGUUUUGACUGAGUAUUUUGUACUAGUGUUGAAGACACGCGGACUUUUAAUACUUCUGGAUGAAAUUCACGUUGAGAAGAAUCGUGUAUGUUCUUUUAGCGUCGAUGAAUGAGUGACGUAACCUAAAAAAAACAUCUCGUAUCUCGUAUAGUUUAUAAUCUUGGUGUUUUAUUUCCAGUUCGUUUGCAAAGUAAAAGGAAAGAAAAAGAAAUAUACUGGAAGCGUCUUUUUCAUUUCAUUUCAUUAAUCUCUUAAAAAUCGACUGUAGGUGAAAAUAGUGACGAUAAGGAAGUGAUAUUGUUAAAUAAACAAGCGAAUACGUGUAAGCACAUGUAAACUGUGACAAGCGUGACAAGUACAAGUGGUACAAGUGACCUGUUUUCUUUAUUUUGGUGUAAAUUAAUAAGCUGCUAUUUUUCGCGCUUUUUUCCUACUUUCUACUGACUACUGAAGUUUGUGAGUGUGAAAUUUACAUUUUUUUUUUGAAAAAAUGUCUGCGGUUAUUGAAGAGGGCGACUAUCUUGGCUCAUAUCAAUGCUUUUUUAACAAUUUCAUCUCGAAUUUAAAUCCUGAUGAUCAACUCCCUGUAAAAACGUGUGGAUACGAUGUUACUGAAGGAGAAAUUGUGGGUGAGAUCAUUGAUAUGACUCUUCAGUAUCUCAAUCAGAAAUUCUGUCCACCAAGUUUGCAGUCUCAUAUGGUUCGAUUAGUGAUAGACGAAGUGAAGUCAAUUUGUCGAAAGCAACCCGAAGAUUGUGGCCUGAAACCUUAUGGAAAUACAUACGGUCCUCUAAAAUUGAUGCAAGCAGUGAUAAGCAGAAUAAAUGAAAUUUGCUUUCGAUAUUUGGACAAUAGUCGUUUGGCCUUAUUACCGCCACCGCCUUCAACCCCAUUGCCUUUGACGACAUGUUACGCUAUCAAGAAUACGAGAAGAAAAAUGGAAGAUCGUUCCGUUGUUUUGUAUGACUUAAAUACAAUGUUCAGUAUUAAAGAUGAUUCCAUUGUAAAUUACUACGCAGUAUUUGAUGGUCAUGGUGGACAAGAUGCGGCUGUUUAUUGUGCCGCACAUCUUCAUCAGUAUUUAGUGGAAAGCCCACAUUAUCCUAAGGAUCCAGAAAAUGCCUUAAGAGAUGCUUUCGCAGUAACUGACGCUCGCUUUAUUGAAAAGGGAAUAAAUAGUGGAAGUACCGCCGUUUGUGCUUUGUUAGUAAACAAAACCCUGUACAUAGCCUGGGCUGGAGAUUCACAAGCAGCCCUAAUAAAGCACGGCAAUGGCAAGCAACUCGUCAAUUCACACAAACCAAACAGAGAGGAUGAGAGGAAGAGAAUCGAAAAGCAAGGAGGAUGCGUUAUGCACUUUGGUGUUUGGCGAGUUAAUGGAUAUCUCAAUGUUUCGAGGUCAAUAGGUGACAGACAAUAUAAGCCAUACAUUUCAAGUGAACCGGAAAUCCUUAAAAUUCCGUUGGAUGGGAGCGAGGAUUUUUUGAUAAUAGCCUGCGAUGGAUUUUGGGACUGCGUUGACGAGAAAAAAGCUGCCGCUCUUCUUUAUGAUUUAAUUGAAAGGGAUUCACAAAAUUACACUAAGGCGAGUCAUCAUUUGGUGGAGGCUGCAAAAAAUCUACAAUCACCGGACAACAUCUCAGUGAUUGUUGUUUUCCUGACACAUCCAACGGAUAUAGAAGCAAAGUUAAAACAUAAUCGGUCGUCCCUUGCGUUGAGAAUGGAUUCCGAUUCUCCGCAGGACGUCCAACAUCCGACAAAUUUCAAUCCAAUGGAUACUGGUUCUUAUCCAUUUGAAAUGAAUUUUGGAUCACGCGAUGAGGAAGCAAUUCACGCCGUCGAUAUGGGAUGUUGUCCAUUUGAAAUGAAUUUCACAAAACAACAAGUGCAACAGCAGAAUCAAACAAAUGGAUCCCUAAGACUCGAUACGGAGAAUUUUAUUUACGAUAAGUCAACAAAUGGAAAACACGAGAAUGGUUCAGCUAAUUUUGAUGAUGAUGACGACGACGACGACGAUGAUGAGGAUGAUGAUGAGGAUGUGGAUUUAGGUCCAGAAACCGAUGUCGAUGCUGUCGAUGACGCGAGUGCUCCGUUUGAGAAAAUUUCACGUCAACUUUUCCCUGAAAAGUCAACUACCGAGAAUGAUGAUGAUGAUGAUAAUGAUAAUGUGAAAAUGGAGAUUCUUGAUGAUUCGCAGAAUUCCACCGACUCGAAAUCUCGACAACAUGAACUGCUUCCUGAGGCAGAUAAUGUAGCGGACAGCGAGGAUUCCGAGGACGAGUGGAAUUACUACCGCGUCAAGCCAGAUAAGGAUAAAGAUUCACCUGUUCAGGUGAACGAGACGUCCAGCGAAUCCAAGGAGAAAGACGCGGCCAGUCCAAAGCCUCUCAUUGAAGACGAAUCCGAAAGUGAGAAUUCCAAAGGGGAAGCAAAUUUCACUUCGAAAAUCGAGGCUGAACCAAAAAGUCCAUCGCCCGAACCUCUAAAAUCUGAGUGUAGCGUCGAGGCAGAAAAGUCCAACGAGGAGGAUAUCAAAGGUGAAAAAGAAGAAUCAGCGGAUUACGAGGACAAAAUGGAUUUCUCAUUGAAUCCAGACGCAAAGGAAUUCAUUCCGCCAUCGAUGGCGUAUUCACAACGUCAAAUUAUUCAGGAUUAUCCCAUUUCUGGUUCUCCACUGAAGCAACCGCCACAAGUAAUGGAUAAUAUCGAUAUUCCAAGUGAGGAGGAAUUUGAGAAAGGAUUUUCCGAGAGGCCACAAGAUAUCGAGGGAGGAGCAGCCUCUCCAUUAUCAAAACCACUCGAAUCACUUCUUGACGAUUCGGAAAUUUCCUCGACAAAAGCUGAAUUUGGCGAUGAAUCCACCACAAGUUUUCUCACCACCACCAGUGAAUUUCCACGAAACGAAGUUUCUGCGAUGGAUUAUUCGUUUGUAAGUGCCGACCGCGGUGACUAUGACAUCGCCAAAGAUCCAAUGGCAAUGUCCUACACACCCGACGAUUUUCAAGCGGCUUUCGAAAAAGAUGAAGACGAAAAUCAAGUCGAUCUCAAUGCAGUUCACGAUUUAACAGACGUCGAUUUCUCCGAUAAUGUCAAUGGCUUUGAGAAUGAUGUCACGGAGAAUUCCGAUGAUAGUGGAGAAAAAAAGGAAAUUUCCCCUUCCCCUUUUGUCGAAGAGCCCGAAGCGCAAGCUUCGUUGAAUCCCUUCAAUAUGGACACAUUGAAAGAGACGUUAAACGAGGAAAAUAUGAGAUCGGUCAAAUAUUCCGAGACAUCGUCUGACAAUAUCGAUGACACUUGUUUAAUUGACACUAAAGUGCCUUCCGCCGAAGAUUCACAAAAAUGGUCAGAGUCCGAUAAUUCGCAAUAUCGAGAUUUUCCCUUCGAGUCAAAAAUUGCCAAUCAUCCAGAAGUUGUCGAGAAGAAGGAGGAAAUUCACCAGAAUAGUGAAAAUUCUUAUCAAAAUGAUCUUUUCGAACAAAAGGAGAAUUUACUCCUAAAGGAAGAAAAUCAUUUCGAUAAUGAAAAUAAGUACGAAAAUGAGAAGAAUAACUUUGAAAAUAGUGAAACUCAUCAAUUUGAAAAUAAUGAAAAUAUUUUUGAGAAGAAGGAAAAUCAGGAAUGUUUCAUUGAGAGUAAAGAAGAACUUUUAGAAAAUAAGGAAAUUCUUUCAGAGAAUGAAGAAAUUCUCUUAGAAAAUAAGGAAAUUCCAAUAAUGGAGAAUAAAGAAAUUUUAUUUGACAAUAAGGAAAUGGAAAAUAAGGAAAUUCUUUUAGAGAAAAAUGAGGUGAAUUCCCCAGAAACAGAGAGACCUGAUUUUGAGCCGGAAAUUCAAGAUUUUGAAUUUGAUCCUGAAAUACAAGAGAAAUCACAAACGCAAUUUGAAUUGAGUUUAGAGGAAGAUCAUUUGGAAAAUGAUUUAGGGAAAUUUGACGAUGUAAAAUCGAAUCAAAUUGAGAGUGAAAAUGUCGAUGUGAACAAAGAUUUUGAGCAGAAGACAAAUUAUGCGCCUCUUUUGAAUUUAUCGGAAUCACUGCAAGAAUUCACGGGAUUAGAACGGCAGAUUAAUGAAACAAAGGAUUUGGAAAAUAUUGAAUAUGCACGUGUCACGGAGACAGCAAUUUCCAAGGAGAAUAUUGUCGUUGAGCAGAAGGAAACCGUUAACGAAGAGGAUUUAGUUAAUCUCGAGAGUUUGAAAAUUGAGGAACCAAAAAGCGAAACUCCUGCUGUUGACACUACAACUGCUGCUGUGAUUGCAGGCGCUACAGUGGCGGCGACUGCAGCAGCUGCGGUAGCAACGAAAAAAGCAACGGCAACAAAAACAUCGACGACAAAGACAACGUCAUCGAAGGCUCCAACAAAAUCGGUGCCAACAUCACCGACGAAAACGGCGCGAGCAACCACUGCAAGUGCAACUGCCAAAAAACCAACAACUGGCACAGUAUCGAGACCAAAACAAUUGGAUACCAAGCAAACGACCAGCAAUUCUGCCAGUAAAUCGGCUGCCUUCAAAGCGGCACCAGUUCCAAAAACGAGUUCAAUUGCUCCGAAAAUUACACCACGUCUCACAACCACCACUGCCGCGAAGCCGAAAAAUUUAAUUUCAUCGCCAAAACCAACAGCAGCUGGCGACAAGAAAACAACACUUAAUGGCGAUGUGAAAACGUUGGCGAGCAAAGCAACUGCUCCGAAAUCGACAACAUUAAGAGCAACGACGACUAACACUAUCACUAAAACAACACUAGUCAAGUCUUCCUCGGCAACACGUACUUCCACUUCUGCUGCCGCGCCUCCGAAACCAAAACCUGGCGCGAUCACCGCCGCGGCCAAAGUUAGUUCCACUGCUAACAGAACUGCCACGGCAACUACCAGGCCGAAAACGGCACCAGCCACAACUGGAUUAUCAGCAGGAACAGCAAAAUCUCGUGUAUCAGCAGCAAAAUCGCCGAUGAUCGAUAAGCAGAUAAAGGAAACAGCAAACAAGCAAAUUUCUUCUCGCGUAAGUUCGGCGCCUUUGAAAACGAGCCGCGUCACCGGAACAACAACAUCAUCAUCAACUGUCUCAGCGACGACAACCGUGAAACGCACUUCGACAUUAAAAACUUCGACAGCAACAUCGCCAACAAAAAAAGCAAGCGCACCACUAACAAAAGCAAUAACUAAACCAUCGUCCAUCACAAAAAUAACUGGAAAAACUUUAACGAAAAGCAGUAAACCCGUUGUUCAAAAUGGCAAUUGCGAGAUAAAGAAAAUUGAAAAUGUUGUCACGACGACAAUGACGACAACAACAACAACAAAUAUCGAGGAAGAUGUGCCUAAGAAAGAUAUUUCUCCAAUCGCACCUCCCACUGACAAUCAAUUAAUAAUCACCGAGUGAAUUCGGUUUCAUUAAACUCGAGAAUUCGAUACAGUUUUUUUUUAUAAUACUGGGCUUUCUAUUGUACGUUGCACCAAUAGGAUGUUUUGUAAGUUUUUUUUUUUCAAAAUCCGAUCGGCGACGGCUCUUCGACCACGUUUCAUCACCAAAAAAAAAAAAAAUUUGUCCCUUUUUUUGUCCUAUUUUUUUAAUUGUACAUUUUGUUUUUUCCGUUUUGUUUGUUCCGUUACUUGAAUCUCUUUUUAAAUUAUUUUUAAAUCACACAUCUUCCAGUUUGGAUAUUAAUUAUUUUAUUAAAACAUUUUUUAACCAGCUAAAGUGAACAAGUUACAUUAAACUUCCUGACAAUUUUGCCGGUUCGUUUUUUUGAAAGUUUUUCUACAGAAAUGAAGAUUUUGU